AUGUUCUCCCUAAGAAGUAGCUCUAACAGCAACAAGAAGCAACCCAUUGAGGUGGAUGGAAAUGGGAAGGGAGCCACAAGCAACAAGGGGGAAACCGAACAGGAGGAAGAUGACCAAGUAAAGAAUUUGUACAAUGAAAAUCCAUUAGCCAAUGUAGAAAGUUAUAUGGAUUAUGUGCAGCAAGAGACACAGGUUUAUCCAAUCAGCAGAACUACCACCCCCCAUCAGAUCAACAUUGGAAGUAUGGAAAGUGUCCAUGAGGAUGACGGGACCUUUAACCCGAUUGCACAAUCGUCAACACUGUUAUCUCAUGAUGAGGAUGAGCUAGCCAAAGAUAUAAACGAGAAUGACGAUGAGAAUGAGGAAGGGGUGAUGCGAAGACAGACCAGAAAUGUCAACAGAAAUGAGUACCCUCUUAGUGGUGAGCAGAGGGGUGAGGAGGAUAUUAUGUUCGAUUCGGGAGGAGUGAGGGAAUCUGGUAUAAAUGAAAAGAGACAGAAUUCCCCGAGGGAUGAGGCCAUGCAGGGUGUGUGCGCUCCACAGGAUGACAGCGUCCACAUGGAGAAUAAUGUUAGCUACGGUAAUGGUGAAAGUGAAAGUGGACAGCAGUUUGACCCCAAUUGUGAGAAGGAGGAGCCCGCUGAGGGAAAGGAGAUCGAAGCGGACGUCGAAGUGGACGAAGAUAAAAUGGGGAAAUUGCCCCUCGAGCAGAAUAACAGAGUGGAGGGAGUCAGUGUAGGGUCGCAUGUAGAGGAGUCACGCCUCCAUAACGAACUGGUACCCACAUUUAACGAAGGGAAGCCAAACGAUGGUGAGCCCAAUCCGGAUGAGAACAGUCUAAACGCCCUCCAACAUAGGAACGAAAUGUGCAAAAAUGAAGAAUCGAAGGAAAAAUUCGACGAGUCGUUAAUUAGUGAAAGCUGUGUAUACAACGAGGAUGAACAAGUAAAAUCGGAGAAUCAGCUGGAUGGUAAAUUGAACGUUGACAUGCAAAGGAAGAAUGAAAACAGUGAAGGGAACAGCAACGAGCAUUUUAAGAAUUCAUUAGUAAAAGAUAUGUUAAUGCAGAAGGAGAGUGGUACUGAACAUCCUUCCCCCAUUGACCAGAACAAAACACUUUCCUUGAUAGAUAACCUCCUUAGCAUUAAGGGGGAGGAGGGGGUGAAGAACCAGUGUGGGAAAUUAUUCCCAGAGGAUAGAAGAGACCCGGUUAGCAAUGCCUAUGGAAGUGUGCCCAUUGUGAAUGAAUCGAUUGCGGGUGGAAACCCAUGCGGAGGGGCGCAUGUAGCAGGGGGAAUCCCCGCACAUGUGCACGGCGGUGGUGUCGAUCCUGUUGCUGGUGUUGGGAAGAGUGCCUACAUGAGCCAUAGGGAGACCCCCAUUAAUGAGUGCGUAGGGAAUGGUGCCGUGAGAAACAACCUAGUAGGAAGCAACCCCGUUGGAAGUAACCAUGUUGGAGGUAACCUUGUAGGGAGUAACCUUGUAGGUGGUGCCCCAUUUGGAAGUACCCCCUUUGGCAGCCUCCCGAGCGGAGGAAUAUACGAGGGCUACGCCAUGGCCAGCAAAGAAGCCCAGAAUAAAAGUGAAAACAUAAGGAAGUCGAAAAUCAUGUGCCUGAGCUACCUACGUAUAUUGAAGCGAUUAACCUCCAUCUGGAGUGAAACGAACAAGUCCUUCGAAUACCAUUUUGUGAAUAUCCUGAACAACGUUGAAAUGAACAACUUGGAUGUGUACCUGUGCUGUUUUUCGAAUAUAAGAAUAUCUGCAGCGAAAAGUUUGUUCCUUGAUUCGAUUGUUGAAUGCAUGGACGAGCUGGAGAUUAUAAAGAAGUUAAAAAGCGUGCAGGGUAAGGAGGAGAAUAACCUGUAUGAUAAGAGCACUUCCUUCAGUUCUUCUUCCUCAAGUGGAAAUAAUAAAAAUGGGAAAAGUGAAAUGUUAAAACAGAUCAUGGAUGAAGUAGAGAGUAACUUAUCCAAAGAUAUUGUCGACGAGAUGCAUGACUUGUCCUUGAGGAAUCCCUACGUCAGUAGCACUUACCAUGGGAACAACAGUGUGAGUAAUGUUAUGCCAGCAGGACCUCCCCAUGUGGAGGAUGGAGAGCCUAGCGUAUUGUCCCUGUACAGCUGUGCGAAUAGGAAGGGUAGCGGUAACCACAACGUGUGUAACGAUUCAAGUGGAAACGUCGAUUUGAAAAGGGGCAAAGACUUCCAAACCUGCGGAGGUAGGAGUCAGUGCGGUGUAUCUGGUGCCUGCUCAGGUGGGGCAGCAUCUGCCGGUGGGGGAAGCUUCCCCAGUUACGCUUGCAACUCGCAUGGCAACCACUUCGCCUGCCCCAGUGGACACAUGCACAGCAACUGCUUAGGCAACAACGGUAACAACAAGGUGAACCCCCUGAGUAAUAACUACAGCGCGAAUAUGAUGGGUGUGGCUGGAAAUAACCCUCUAAGCUAUAGCAACAGCUUCGGUUCCGCCUCCAACUCGUGCAAGAAGAAAUGCAGCUACUCGGAUGAAAAUAUUCUGAACAAAUUGAACGUCAGCAUAGACUACAAUUCGUAUAACGACUACAGUAACAACUACAUUCAGGAGGCCGAGAAGGUGGUAGAGAAAUACAAGAAUCUGAGCAAGCUCAAUUCGAAGGAGAGUGAAAAUAUGUAUAGUACAUGCAGCCAGUCCAGUGUGAACGACGUCGGUAACGCUAAUGUGAAUGCCUAUUUGCAUUUUAAAUCGUUUUUGGCGGAGUAUGCAAAUAUGCAAAAGGGAGGCGGUGCAGAGAAGAACAAAUUGAAGGAUGGAGACUUGACCUCCAGUGACUUGAGCUUUUUGCGCUGUCUCUGCGCGCAUUUGUGCGGAUCCGGCAGAUGGGAGGAUAAUGGACCCAACCACGUAUUCUCUCAUGAGAAGGACGUGAACAAAUUUCUCCAGGAGUACAAACUUAGUGACGAGGACAACUUUGACGAGAGGGAGUACUAUACGAAAUACGGACGAAGCGGCAACAAAGGAGGCAUCCUAAGCGGAUGUGAUGGUAACGCCAAUUUUUCAUCGAACAGUUUUCAGAGUAUAAUGAGGAAGAGAAAGUUGAGGGACACGUCUGGUGCGCACCAUCAUCAGAAUUAUCACUCUAUGCAGAAAUGUAGCGGAACCAGUGUAGGGGGUGCGGUGGGGAAUGCAAGCGGGGUCACAGAUUUGGGGGGAAACUCCACAGGUGUGGGUAGCUAUGACCUGAACUACCUCCUAAGUAACACGAAUUUGCUGAAGAAGUUGAAGUUUAAUUUGUUGGAGGAAAAGAAGGGUGGCGUUGGAAACGUUAACGGUGUUGUAGGGGAAGGUAGCCUGCCCGGAAGCAGCGGCAACAGCCUGCUUGGGGUUAUAGACUUCUUGAAGAAGGAUUCCAACGACUACUCCGUGGAGGAGAACGGCGGCCCGCACAUGAAUACGAGAAGAAGCGUGGCCAACAAGAAUAACAUGAAAAACUACAAGGAUAUGUUGAAUCUGUCUCAGGAAAUUUUGGGCAAGAAGGGAACCAACGGAGGUGCAUCUGCAGCUGCAGCUGGAUCGUCCUCACCGUACAAAAAUGGGAACGGUCGUGACCGCGAAAGAGAGCGCGAUUCUGACAUUUUUCAACAUCAAAACUACCCUCUGCAUCAUCCUUCUCUCCGACACCACCACAUAAACCCCAGCGCAUUGUACGACUUUAUAAUGAACACAAAUACUUCCUCCAGUGGAUAUAUGGAGAAUUCGCUGCGUCAUCCAGGGAGCCUCCUUAUGAACAGCCAGAACGGGAACCAUGGAAAUGACAGUAACCUGCGGGAGAAUGGAAGCGGUCACCACAACAACAGCAUUGGUAAUAACAAUAAUGGCACGAGCACCACGACGGCGAACGGACUACAGAAGAAAAGCAGCUACGAUUUCAGUGCAGAUUAUAAUUCAAAGAUGAGUGCCAAUGAGUCGGAGUUAUCACUAAGCAAUAACGAUAAUAGUAGUGAGCUAUUGUUGGGUAGUGGCAAAAUGGAGGGAGGGUCGUCUGUAGCUGCUGGGUUAGGUAGUGGUAUCUCUGCAGGUGGGGUGCACGGAGGGAUGAGUCCCUACAAACAUAGUAAGAAUGAAAAUGGAAAGACAGUUGGAAUGAAUACCCCCAAUGGUGGAAGUAAGAAUAUGAAAAAUUUGAAAAGUUCCUCUACCAUCGCGCCAGUGCAAGCAACGAACUAUGGAAUGGGGAAAUUGAAGUAUGAAAUGCCUGUUGGUGUGAACCCAAAUGAUGACAAAGUGAAGGGAGUUUAUUUUUCCAAGUCGCCAAGAGGAGUUGGUAAGUGGAAUGCGUACUUUCAGAUAGCGAAUAAUAAGAGGCUCUUUACGAGCUUCAGUGUGAGCAAGUACGGAUACAACGAGGCCAGGAAGUUGUCUAUUUUGAAAAGAACCGAGUGGGAAAAGGAAUACAGACACCACACCGAUUUGAAGAACGCAGAGGUGAAGAAGGGGAAGAAGAAAUCUAAUAAUUACCACCACCAGCAAGAACAGGCGCAACAACAGCCGCAACGACACCACGAUGUUAACGGCAAUUUGGUGAAAAAUAAUGUUAAAGGUUUGCCAAAGGGGAAUAACAACCAUUCAAUAAAUUCCAACAGUGAGGAGUCCAUAUCGUACGGGAAGGAAAACAAAUUGAAUGAGGACAGCAGUCUGAUGUAUUCGAAUGACGACGAGGAGGGAUGCUUAAUUAGCGACAAACUGGCGGCAGACAUUUCGAGUGAGCUGAACGAUUUGGGCGACUUGAACCAUCUGAACGGUCUGAACGGUCUGAACAAUCUGAACGGUUUUGACGAUUCGCAUGUUUUAUCUGGUGGGGGUGGGAAGAAGGUGAAUAAGUUAAGCAUGUCCAGUGGGAAUAAUGGCAACAGUGGGGGAGGAGGUAAUGUUGCUACAGCUGGGGUGGGGGUCGGCGAAGGAAACAAUUUGGACGACAAUAUGGACUUCUUCAUCGAGUGUACGAAGGACGAUAAUGAUGUGUUUAACUCCAUGGAUCUUCUGCGUUCAAGUUUGAAUGGCGUGGCCCCAGAUGACAGUAAUAAUAAUAAUGAUGGGAAAGGCCCCUCCAGGAGAAGCGCCCUCAACGGUAGUGGGAAGUUCCCCUCGAAUUCGCUAGUAGAUUCCUAUGGCAGCGGGGCAGAGAACAACAACACCAUGAACAACAGCAACAACAGGAACCACAGCAACAACAGCAAGGAGUCCGUGAACUCCUCCAGGGUGCUGUCCAACUCGAUUGGGUUGCCAAACAAGUACAUCCGCAAUUUGCAAUUUCCUGCGAUUGAUUCGCACACGGUGAGCAACUUUUUGGAGGCCGUCACGGACGACCAGAAAAUUUCAUCUUAG